AAGCCUUUCUGGCUCAUCGUUAGGGCGACGGGCAGCGGGUGCAUCAACACCAUGACAGCCCCUGGCGACCUCGUGUACGUCACGUGUGCGGACAGCAAGGAUGUAGCCUUCUUGCCCGGCACGGUCUCGAGUAUCAGCGGGAAGUCGGUGGUGGUCAAGCUGGACCAGAGCAGCGAGUCCAGGGAGGUGCCUGUCGUCGAGCUCCGGAAGCGCUUCUCCCGCGACGACGGCAACACUAGCCAGGACAACACGGCGCUCGUGCACCUCAACGACGCCACCAUCCUCGAAAACCUCGAGGCG